AGAAUAAUGAUGUUAAUGAAACGAUAAAACAUCUGGAAGAAAAUAAUGAUGUUAAUGAAACGAUAAAACAUCUGGAAGAGAAUAAUGAUGUUAAUGAAACGAUAAAACAUCCGGAAGAGAAUAAGGAAGAGAAUAAUGAUGUUAAACAAAACCUAAGUUAUAUAGAAUAUAAAUAUGAUUGGGUAACUUUUUUUGGAAAUAAAGAUAAUAGGCGGAUGUGCAAAGUAAGAAUUUUUGGAAAUAAGGAUGAAAGAAGACGUUUUAAAAAAGAUUUUAAAAUUAGAGACGUGUGGGACUUGACGAAGAAUAUGGCAGAAGAUUUAAAAAUACGACUAUUUAAAAAACAAGAUUCGGACAAAUUUAAAGCUGAUAAAUCUCUUCCUAAUGAAAAAGAUGAUAAAAACACUAAAAUUUCUAGUUAUAGGUGCAAAAUAUUAAAAGAAUCUAAAGGAUCUUCACACGAAGAGAAUAUAGGAAUAACAUUUAAAACCUCCACCCCG